AAAAAACGUAGUGCUCUCCCUCUUCUUCUCUUGGUUGUUCUCAACCAAUAACUUCUGAGGGAUCUCUUGUUCCUUCUCUCUUCUCUUUCUCUCUCUUCUUCAGAAAAUUUCAACAUUUUUUUCUCGUCAAGAAAAAAUCCACGCGUUCAAGGUUUACGGGAGUUACAGAGCUGUAACGAUCGUUAGAUCUUGAACGGAAAAAAGGUUGUCUCCGGCGUGUGGGUGGAGGUUACACACUAACCGGGGUCAACCCUCCAUAAAAACUCAAUGGCAACGACGAUGAAAGGCCUUCUCAAAGGCCUUCGUUACAUUACUCAGAUUUUUGAAGACGAAGAGAAAGAGGAGGAGAUGCAGAUAGGAUUUCCGACCGAUGUAAAGCAUGUUGCCCACAUCGGCAAUGAUGGUCCAGCCACCAAUGCGCCAAGCUGGAUGAAUGACUUCAAACCUCAAGAGAAUGGUCAAGUCGUUUCAAGAGGAAACUCCAAUAAAUACAACUCUCAAGAGAUGAACCAAAGUGGAGGCGGGCUAAAAGAGUUGCUCCCUCCAAACACCAACGAGAAACAAAAACAGAAAACAAGGCGUAGUAAACCCGGCCAUAAUGGUUCUGCAUCAUCAGAUGGAUCAGUGAAGCAGUCAAGACAUAACAGAAGCAAACACGGGUCAAUGGACUCGUCAUUGAGUGAUCAAGAACCUUCAGUACGUAGUAGAAGGCGUGGUGGUGGUGGUAGCAGCAAAGACGCAGAAGGUUCUUCUAAUCAUAUUCCUCCUGAUGGUUCAGCUCCACCAAGGAAGGCUACAUCGAAACCGAGGAAACUAAAAGGAUCAAUAGGAGGAGAAGGGUCGGUGAAGAAAUCAUCAAAAGGAAAACCCGAAAGUUCAGUUGAUGAUACAUGUAAUGAUUUUAUCUGAGAGAAACGUAAAAAACGAAAACAUGAAAAUGUAACUUGCGAGGCCACCUCCGUGUGAGAGUUUGUUUUAGUUUCUUGACCGAUCAAGAAGGGAAAC